CUGGAAGAGCAGUCGGGUGCUCUUAACCGCUGAGCCAUCUCUCCAGCCCCCUCCCAUAACUUUUAAAGUAGGCAAUUUUGUUUCUCACACGGAAGUCCAAGAUCAAGGCAACUAACAAGUGUGGUGUCUGGUUAAGAGCCCGCUCCCUGGGUCAUGAAUGAUACUGCCUUGAUGUGUCCUCCACGGUCAUAACCAUAACCCCUUCUAAAGAUUCCCUGGUGAUACCACCAAAUUGGUGGUUAUGUUUCUUUCCUCCUCCCCGGACCCCUCACACCCCGCGUGCGCCUAGGGUUUCUCUGUGUAGCCUUGUCUGUUCUGGAAUUCACUCUGUAGACCAGGCUGGCCUCGAACCUAGAGAUCCUCUUGCCUCUCCUGUCUAGUGCCAGGAUCAAAGCGCCACCACGCCUGGCUUUGUGAUUAAGUUUCGGUAUACGGAACUGGAGUGCUCAUGAACAUUUAGACCACAGCGUUUCUUAGACCACAGCGUUUCUUAGCAGGAGUCAUCACUGUGGAUGGCUGUAGCACACUCCCAAUACCUGGGAGGCUGAAGCCGGAAGUCUGAGAAGAGGAGGCCCACCUGGGCUACACAGUGGGUUCCAAGUUAGCCUGGACCACUUGGCUGAACCCUGCCUCAAAAGUUAAAAAAAAUAAAACAAACAAACAAACAAACAGGGAAGCCACAGUCAUGGGAUGCUUUAAAAAAACUUACUGAAAUCGAAGACGAUUUGGAUAUACUCUAAUGGUUUGCUUUAGUGAAAAACAGCCUGAAUUGUGUGGCGCUGCGUUUGGAUGGGGGCGGCACAUUUCAAAAUUAACCCCUUUCUGGCUGGGUCUACGGAGCUGCGAUGGCGUUAGGCGUGCUCUUGACAGCUUCAGCGGAGGGAAUGGAGGAAGCAGAGGCGAUGUGUGCCCCCUCCGUCCCCAACCCCACACUUCUGUGCUGCACCUUUUCAUCCAGGGACAGCGCGCCUCGGGGUUCCCUCCAUCCCCCCACGAGCGCUUGGCCGCGCCAGAGUAUUGUCUGGCUUGGGAACCGGGGCGAACUCGCAAAGGGACCGGGUGCUGGCAGGGCCCUCCUUUGUGCUGCGGCCGAGCGCGGCUCUACCGCUAGGGGGCGGCAUGCUCCACGCAGAGCCCGACAAUAGGCCAGGCUGGGGAGCCUCGCGGUCCCGGAACUUUCCCCGGGGUCGGCGGAGGCUCGGCCGGGCCAUGGAGGAGGGGGCUAGCACCGCGCCCCCGCUCUGGAACUGGGACUACCUGGAGCGCUGCUUCGCCCGCCGCCGCGUCUGCAUCUCCUUCGGCCUGUGGAUCUGCGCCGCCUGCUGCUGGAUCGCUGCCCACACGCUGAUUCUCUACUUGAGAUGCACAAAGAAGUGUGGCCAAGACCAGUCGACACUGUGUGCUGCGUUCUGCCUCCUGACGAGUCUGUGUGACACUGUGGGGGCGAUUCUGGCCAGACAACUCACGAUCCAGGUGUUCACUGGGGCCUACCUAGCAGUUGUCGACUUCAUGAACUUCAUCUCCAUUCUCUUUCCUGUCUGUGGAUCCAAAUCCAAGUCGAAGUCCGGUCAGAGCAGCAGGGAGAGAAGGAGAAGGAGGCACCUUAGAGCCAGUGUGUUUGCCCUGGCUCUGCCUCUGAGCCUGGGUCCAGGCUGGGCUGUCUGGACUGCUAUCCCCAAGGUUUCAGCCCCAGUUCGAGGGCCACAACGGAGGCUGCUGGGAAGCCUUCUGCAGGAGAACCCGGAAGUCUUUGGCUACCUGCUGGGUACCGUCGCUGCCUUUGGCUCCUGGGCAUCCCGGAUCCCUCCAUUCUCCAAUAUCUGUCGGGGGAAGUCACUCUCCUAUAUCCACCUGUGGACCCGUUUCCUGUCAGCUCUGGCUGGUCUCCUCUACGCCUCAGCCAUUGUGGCCCAUGACCGGCAGCCUGAAUACCUCCUUCAGGCCACACCCUGGUUCCUGAUUUCACUGGGCCGAGCUGCACUGGACCUUGCUAUCAUCAUUCUGUCCUGUGUGAUGAAGAGCAGAAUGAGACGGGCCUUCGGAUUUGCUACCGUGGAAGCCAGAGAGAGUGCCGACACACAAGCCCUUUUGACCUGUGCAGAGAAGGAAGAAGAAAACCAGGAGGCCCGGACUGAGGACAAGAACUCAGAUUGGGUGCCUCUGACCAGCUUGUCAAACUGCAAGCCCCUGAAGACAAUGACAGCAGUCAGUCGCUACUUGGAGCUGACCGUUGAGCCUGCACAGCCGGCUGCAGCGCCACCAGGCUACCCGGUGAUGGACAGACAAACACUGGAGACGCCUCCUUGGAGGAGCCUCCCUCGUACCCUCCCAUUCAGGUCAUCCAGGCCAGAGUGUCUUCCAGCAGCUCCUCCGAGGUCUCCUCCAUUAACUCCGACCUGGAGGUACAGGGCCUGCCUUCCGGGUGGGUGCAUGGGUGUGUCACCUACCAACCCUUGCUGGGGCCUCCUUGAGACUGGGCUGCUUUGUAACCCUGCCUUAUUAACCUCGAGACUGCUAAUCAUAAAUGAAGCUCUCUGGAUGGCCCCCACAGUCUGUGGAGGAGCUUCACAAACUGGGGCAGGACUCAGUUUCAUGGCUGGGCUGGUCAAGGGAAGGUUGAAUAUUGGGGUCCAGUUCUCACAGACGGCUUGCACAGUCAGGUCCUUCCUACAGAAAAAAACAGAAAGCAUGAGUAAUAGAUCUCUCAAAAAGCCUCGUGUUAUAGUUUAUGACUAAUGGUUUAGGCUGUAACACCAGGACUCAUGUGGCUGAGUCAUGAGGAUCAUGAGGAUCAUGAGUUCAAAUCCAGCCUGGGCUAUAUAAUAAUGUGUUGGAAGGGAAGGAGAGAGGGAGGGAGGAAGGGAGAAAGGAAGGCAGGAAGCUUGGUAUCAGUGUUCCCCAGCCCAUUUGACCAUAAAAAAACAGAGACCUGUAACACAGUGCUGACCCACACAGGCAGGACCUAUAGGAAGCAGCUCGCCCAGCCUCCGUCUUUGUAUCUAAAUGAAACGCUCACCACAUUGGGGAUGCACAGACUCCGAUGUGUCCUGUCGCUCUGAGCACCCAGCCCCUCUCAACCCCAUUCAGCAAGGGAGUUUCCAUUUGUCUGAAGACAGAGGAGAUGAAGGGUAACACAGGUUCACACACACGUUGGAGAAGGAUGCUGUCUGGUGUUUUUUGGUGAAGGAACUGCUGAGUUUUAUGUUCCGGCCUUUUGCGUUAAAAUCCCAAGUGUGGAAGGAUGUUAGUAAGCAUUAUGUAACACUGAUCUGUGGUUUGGGUUUGGCUUGAUUUUUUUAAUGCCCUUAUUUGGCAGAAUUAUCAUUAUGUACUCAGAGUCUGAAAAUUAGUCAGACUUAUACAGGACUCAAAAAUUCCAAACCUCAGAACUUCUGACUGAGGCGGGAUGGGUAAACCAGGUUCCUUGUUUGAUUUCCAGGCGUUUCCAGCCAGCGCAUUCUGCUAUCUCUGCUUAUGUCUACCAUUCUGUCCUGGCCAUUUCCUGUCCUAGGCAUCUGGACCUUCCUUCCUGGGGUCCUAUUUGGCCCCAUUUCCAUGGGUCAGAAUUCUAUCCAGAGGCGGGCUGCUGUGACCCUCCCCUCAGGACCAGCGGCUCCUUCCCCCUGUGGCCCAUUUUCCUGCCCACCUGCCACAGGUGGCUGUGGCCUGGUGAGGGCAGGUGUCUCACCUGGUGUCCCUCACGCCCUAAAAGCUGAUGGUUGAGAGCUGCAUUGGAGCUAGGGCUUGUCCACCUGUUGAGGCUGUGCUCCUAAACAGAGUCUGAGAAUGUGUGGGACACCAAGAAGCCUGGAGCCGGCCGUCUCCACUGAGGCCUGUGGCUAAGGGGACUGCAGAGAGAGGUCAGGGCAGAGCAGUGACUGGAGGGCCGGGGGGAGGUGUAAGGGAAUAUUCACUCUCUGGAAAUGGAGGCAUCUUGCUUGUCCAUAAGCACGAGGUGGCGGCGGCAGCGCGGCGGUGGCAGUCUCCAGCAUCGCCAGAGCCCGCCCUUGCAGCCGGUCCUGGCUGUUCCUCUGCUCUGCGAUUUUCAUUCUUCCCCUCAUUUAUAGUCUCACCUUUUAAAAGAAAUCCAUUAUUGAAAAACAUGUACAUCCAAGGGCUGGAAAGAUGGCUCAGCAGUUAAGAGAACUGGAUGUUCCUCCAAAGGUCCUGAGUCCAAUUCCCAGCAACCACAUGGUGGCUCACAGCCCUCUGUAAUGGGAUCUGAUGACCUCUUCUGGUAGACAGCGACAGUGCACUCAUACAAUAAAUGUAAUCUUUUUAAAAAUAUAUGUACAUCCAGCCAGGCCGUAGUGGCCCAACCACUUUAAUCUCAGCACUCAGGAGGCAGAGGCAGGUGAGUCUCUGUGAGUUCGAGGCUAGCCUGGUCUACAGAGUGAGUUCCAGGACAGCCAGGGCUACACCGAGAAACAAACACACAAAUCAAAAAUACACACAUCCCUGCCAGCUUGGUGUCUCAUACCUGUCAUCCCAGCACUCAGGAAACUAAAGCUGGAGGCUCACUGAAGGUUCAAGACUGGCCUGGGCUACACAGUAAGACCCUGUCUCAAAACGAAACAAAAGCUUAAUAAUGUAUACAUUUCACGAGUCCAAACUAAGCAAGUGGCUCUGGCUGCUUCUGCCCACCUCCGGGAUUAAGGUAUAGAAGCUCAGAUGCCCCAGCUCAGGAUUCCUAUCCCCGCUUACACACACCCAAUGGCACAACUGCCAGGUCCUAUACAGAGACAGUGAACGUGGGACUAACCCCACUCUCGGGUCAGACGGGGCUGGGAGCUCCCAUAGCAGUGAACACACAGGGGUCACGACUGUCUCCAGGUGAGUGGUGCAUCAGGCUUACUGGCCGCUUAUACUGUGCUUUCUUUGAGACAGGCACUCACAGUGUAGUCAUGCAUGGCCCCAGCACUUGAUAGUUAUGGGUCUUGAACUUGAGGCAACUCUCCUGCCUCUGCCCCCCAAGUGCUGGGAUUAUAGGUAUGUGCCACUGUGCCUGGCUUACAUUUCUAGUUUUUUAAAAGUAGUUAAAAAAAAAAUGGGUCUGGUGGCUCAAGCCUAAAAUCUCAGCAUUCAGGAGGCUGAGACAGGAGGAUUACAAUGAGUUCAAGGCCAGUUGGGGCUAUAUUGUCAGUUUCAGGUCAGCCUGGGCUACUGUGAGACCUUGCCUCAAAACAAAACAAAACAAAACAAGCAAAACUUAUAUAUGUUUGCAGUCCCAACUAACUACCUUGGAAAUUGAAGUGGGAGGAUUGGAACCCGGGAUUGAGACCGGCCUGGGAAACAUAGCAAGAACUAACCUUAAAAGGUUAAAUAAAUGAAUAAGCAUAACGCACUAAAUGUUAUGCAUUUUGUGGAGCAGAAAAUUUGGAAAGCACGAAGGGGUAAAGAGGAAAAUUCAGAUCAAGCACCAGGCCCACUAACUGGUGCUCCCUUCCUCAGAGCCGUUGGUUUUGAGAGCCACGAGCCUUGAAUUUCUUGGUUUGUUUGCUACUAAGUGAGAUCAGGAGGUGUCUGUUGAAAGAUGGUGUAACUGUAUAUACCUCCCCUCGGCAGCCGCUCAGUCAUUCAGCAAACAUUUUCUGAGCGUGGGCAUUUGAAGGGAAAAUACACGAGGACAGAGGGACAGGCCUGAACUUGUAGUGCCUCCUGGCCAUGGUGACUCAGAUCUUCUGCACACACCUUUGGAACUCUCGCCUGAAAGAUAGAUAGAUAGAUAGAUAGAUAGAUAGAUAGAUAGAUAGAUAGAUAGAUAGAUAGAUGAGUGUGUGUGUGUGUCAGAGUCAGGCCUCAGAGAUCAUAUCCUGCCUUUAACCUCUCUUGUCACUAAGGUGGCAUCAUUCGCAUACUUGAAGCCAUGUAAUUGGGUGUACUUCCCUGAUCCCUGUGGCUUGAACCUGUCACUGACCACAUGUGCUUCUGAUGAACCCCUUAGAUGAGACAGUGGAUGCUUCUACCCUCCCACUGUCCAGGCCUGUGAGCCAAGGAGAUACUCAGUUCCUGUCACCUUUAUCAAUUUCCUCCGUCCCUCCCUCCCUGUGCAGUGAUAGCAGGAAUAAGAAAGAAGAGGAAGAGGAGGCUAAGCCAGGAUUCGAACCUAGAGCCUGAAGCCUGCUUUGCUCACUGCUGUGCUGGCAGAGAUGGCCCCUAACAGCACUGGCAGGACCAAGGCUGUUCAGCCUCUACUCUUGCAUAGAUGAUAAAACUGACUUCCGCCUCAGUCUUUCUACUCAUGUGUACUCUGCCACUGUCCUCACAUGGUGUCUUCUCCAGCUCAGGAUGAAACAUUGGGAUCUACAUGAGUCCCACCGAUGGCAGAAGGCAUGAGGCCAACAAGACCACAUGUGCCAUGGACACUCCCCCGGGAAAACCAUAGUGCUUAGUCACUUUCCUAUGGCCGUGAUGAAACACCAUGACCAAAAGCAACUUGGGGAGGAAAGGGUUGAUUCGGCUUAUGUAUCCUGAAUCAUAAUCCACUGAGAGAAGUCAAAUCAGGAACUCAAAUGGAGCAGGAACCUGGAGGCAGGAGCUGAUGCAGAGGCCAUGGAGGAGUGCUGCUUACUGGCUUGCUCUUCGUGGCUUUCUCAGCCUGCAUUCUUAUAGAACUACUAGCCCAGGACCACCAGCCCAGGGUGAUACCACCAACAAUAGGCUGGGCCCUCUCCCAUCAAUCAUUAAUUAGAAAAUUCCCUACAAACUUGCCCGUAGCCUGAUCUUAUAGAAAUAUCUCAAUUGAGGUCCCCUCCUCUCGGAUGACUCUAGAUUCUGUUAAGUUGAUAUAAAACUAGCCAGGAUGUGUAGAAACUCCUAUUUGCCAGUUCUUAGUGCAGCACUCGGGGGAGCAGAUGACCAAUUUUCAAACGUUGACAUGCCUGAUGGCCGUUCAGAAAGGGCAUUCGCAUGGUCUAUGUCGACUUUCAGAAUUUCCAGGGGAAAGUGCACUCCACAGACUGCGAAUCCACACAUUACUCAUGGAGCCCAUUCAGUACAAGGUACAAGGGCAGCGACACACGAUAGCACCAUCUGAAAGCACUGGGCCUGCCCUAAGAUCAGAAAUAAUGGGACGGCAAAAAGUCCAGCCAGAGUUGAACAGGACGGAGUCUUGAUGCUGUAGGGCACUCUUGCGCCUCCGCCACGCCCUCCUCACAAUGGAGAUCCCAGAUAUAAAGGUGUAUAGCUGGAAGAGAACGUUGUGUAUAGCUGUAGAGGUGUACGGCUGGACGAGGUGGCGAAGACUGUUUACUCUAGGCCAUUGUGGUGUUGUUUGUUUGUUUGUUUGUUUUUAAUGAAAAUGUCCCCCAUAGGCUCAAAGAGAGUGACCAUAGGCUCAUUAGAAGGUGUGGCCUUGUUGGAGUGGGUGUGGCCUUGUUGGAGUGGGUGUGGCCUUGUUGGAGGAGCUAUGGGAGAAGCUUUGAGGUCUCAGAUGCUCAGGCCAGGCCCAGUGUCUCUCUUUUCCUGCUGCCUGCAGAUCUAGAUAUAGAAUGUUUGACUCCUCCUCCAAUGCUAUGUCUGCCCAAGUGCUGCCAUGCUUUCUGGAGCCAUGAUGACAGUGAACUAAACCUCUAAACUAUCAGCCCCAAUUAAAUGUUUUCCUUUAUAAGAGUUGCUGUGGUCAUGGUAUCUUUUCACAGCAAUAAAACCCUAACUAAGACAGCCAGUUUCCCAAACUAGAAAGACUUCCCUCAGGAAAGCUUAGGGGGCAAGUCACCAGCCAAGAGGGUCGGUGUCCUUGGUAAUUGCUGUGUCAGUGGCAGCCUAGACAUGUGCUCUCUCUCGCUCUCUCUCUCUCUCUCUCUCUCUCUCUCUCUCUCUCUCUCUUGCAUGCACACAUGCACACACACAUACACACACACCACUAUGCACACACACACCACUAUGUACACACACACACCACUAUGCACACACACACAGACACACACACAUACACACCACUAUGCACACACACACCACUAUGCACAUACACACAGACACACACACACACCACUAUGCACACACACACCACUAUGCACACACAGACACACACAGACACACACAGACACAUACACACACACCACUAUGCACACACACACAGACACACACAGACACAUACACACACACCACUAUGCACACACACACCACUAUGCACACACACAGACACACACACAUACACACACACCACUAUGUACACACACACCACUAUGCACACACAGACACACACAGACACACACAGACACAUACACACACACCACUAUGCACACACACACAGACACACACACACAUACACACACACCACUAUGCACACACACACCACUAUGCACACACACAGACACACACACAUACACACACACCACUAUGUACACACACACCACUAGGCACACACACACAGACACACACACAUACACCACUAUGUACACACACACCACUAUGCACACACACAGACACACACAGACACAUACACACACACCACUAUGCACAUAUGUGCACACACACACACACACACACACACACACACACACACACCUGCUCUAGAACAUUUCCAUUCCUGUGGCUCAAACCCCAGAAGCUGUAGGUUGACCACGACCAGAGGAGCAUUUGAACAGCAGCACUGCCUGCAAAUUCUCAUGAGCAUGUCCCUUGUGUACCACGUCCCUCCCUUUGCUCCAAGGUAUCUGUGUAUCAGUACGACUCGAGUCUAGAGACGUAGGAUUCUACACACAUUUGCACACACAGUAACCCCCUCCAGACGGCCCUUUCCUUCCAACCUUAGCCUGUUUCUGAAGAAGCUGUGUCACGCUCACAAAGGAAGCCCAUCCACUGCGGGCUGAGGUUUGCUUUCUCUAAUCCAGCCCACUGGGCCUGUCCAGUCCUGUUGGAGAUGUCUGCCGGUCAGACCACCCAGAGCAGUCAGGCCUCACUGGAACAGCACUUCGUGUCCUAUGGACUGUUCCAGGCUGCAGAUCCUUUUUCCCUCCGUCACAGCCCAGGAAGGCAGGGCAGGGCAGGGAGCGUGAGGCAGUCAGAGAAGAGGGACUGUAAUGUCAGCUGCUUGGGGUAAGUGUUAUACAAUUGGCUAUUUUUUUUUUGUCAUCUUUGUCUCUUUUCUAUUGCUGUAAUGAGACACAUGGCAGCAGGCAGGCAGGCAUGUGCUGGAGCAGCAGCUGAGAGCUCACAUCUUGAGGCACAAGCACGAGGCAGAGUGAGACAGAAGCCCAAUACCAGUGCCACAUCUCCUCCAAUGAGGCCACGCCUCCUCCGAUGAGGCCACACCUCCUCCAACAAGGCCACACCUCCUCCAAUGAGGCCCCACCUCCUCCAAUGAGGCCACACCUCCUAAUCCUUUCCAAACAGUUCCAUCAACUGGGAACCAAGUAUUCAAAUGUCUGAACCAAAUUGGGACCAUUCUCAUGGAAACCACCAUAGUUAAGAAUGCUGUGUGAGUUUUAAACAGACAUAGAUCUGAUGUGGCUUUUGUAGGCUGGUCAGGACCUCAGGUUCAGUCCCCAGCAAUGAACAUAACAGUAUGGAAACAGAAAGAAUGAGAGUUUGGGGAAAUAUGGUGUAAGAUUUUAAGGUUUGCAAGAGACAAAAAGGGAAAUCCAUUUAAUCCAAUCUAGAGGAGAUGAACCUAUCUUAUCUCUCUAUGGACAGUCUGAAAAUGUGACCCCUGCCAAGUCCAGUACCACCUUACCUCCCCAGUCUUGGGAACAGUCACUUCUCCCUACAUAGAAGAGGAAGUCGUUGGGCAGACGGUCCUGACACCCCAGUUCCCACAGUCUGUCUUGAGCUUAGAAUACCAUCUUAUUUCCUCAAUGCUUAGCCAUCUCCACUUCCCCAGGAAUAAAAGAAAUACUACCACAUGCUGUGUAAAAGGAAAACUGGUGCUUGCUUCUUGAUUUCAGAAGCAUGGGAAAGCAUGCUGUAGGAAGCCCAUGAGUGGAAACUCUGUGCUAUGGCUCACAGACGUGACACAGUCGUGGCCUGGAAAAGAACUCAAGAAUGCACAGAGCCAGGUGUGGUGGCAACACCUGGAGUCCAGUCCUCGGGAGCUGGAGGCUGGCUUGAAUGACAGACAUGUCAAGUGCCCGUCCCAAAGGAUAAAGACUGUGGAGAUGUUUGUUGAGUGUAAAAGGGAAAAGGCAUUUGCACAAUUUGAUCUUAGUGCAGUGUAAAUAGUGUGUGCAUAUGUCAUCAUUAUAGGUACCUCAUGACAAUGAAAACUGUUCUCAGAAGGCUAUUCAGUUCUCUCCCAAGGAUGAUAAAACAUUGUGUGUGUAUGUGUGUGUGUGUGUGUGUGUGUGUGAGAGAGAGAGAGAGAGACAGAGACAGAGACAGAGUGCGUGUGUUUGAGUGUGUAUGUAUGAGAGUGUGUGUGAGAGAGUGUGUGUGAGAGUGUGAGAGAGUGUGUGAGUGUGUUUGAGUGUGUGUGUGAGAGAGAGUGUGUAUGAGUGUGUUUGAGUGUGUAUGUAUGAGAGUGUGUGUGUGAGGGUGUGUGAGAGUGUGAGUGAGAGAGUGUGUGAGUGUGUUUGAGUGUGUGUGAGAGAGUUUGUGUAUGAGUGUGUUUGAGUGAGUAUGUAUGAGAGUGUGUGUGAGAGAGUAUGUGUGAUAGUUGUGUGAAUGUGUUUGAGUGUGUAUAUAUGAGUGUGUGUGAGAGUGUGUGUGUGAGAGUGUGUGAGAGUGUGUGAGAGAGUGUGUGUGAGAGAGUGUGUGUGAGAGUGUAUGUGAGUGUGUGUGUGAGUGUGUGAGUGUGUGUGUGUGAGUGUGUGUGUGUACUUUAUUUUUACUGUAUGUGUACGAGUGUUUCCUGCAUACAUAUCUGUGUACCUCAUGCGUGCAGUGCCUGAGGAAGCCAGAAAAGGGCUCUGUAUCCCCUAGAACUGGAUUUAUUUUCCAGAUGGUUAUGAACCAUUAUGUGAUGCUGGGAAUUGAACCUGAGACCUCUAGAAGAGAAGCCAGUGCUCUUAACUGCUGAGCCAUCUCUCCAGUCCCAGGUGUGUGUAUGAGAGUGUGUGUGAGAGUGUGUAUGUGUGAGAGUGUGUGUGUGAGAGUGUGUGUGAGAGAGAGUGUGUGUGUGAGAGUGUAUGUGAGAGUGUGUGUGUGUGUUUGUGGGACAGAGCCAUAAGUAGCCCAGGCUAGCUUCAAAUCUAUAUGUAGAUGAGAGUGACCUUGAAAACUUCAGAACCUCCUGCUCUCUGCCUCCCUAACACCAGCUGGGAUGCUAUUUUUUUUUUAAAUUAUUCCUGUGAAAAACAAACAAACAAACAAAAACAUGUUUGUUUGUUUCUGUUUUGUUCUUGAAACAGAGAAAGACCUAAAACAUUUUAUUUACUGUUAGUCUUUUGGGAGGAGAGGGCUCUACUACAAAGAUUUGAAUUAAGUGAGCUUCUUAGGAUGCUGUCAUCAGUGGUUUAAAAUGAGAACUUAAAGGCCAGAUGGUGCUUCCCUGGAAUCCCAGCACCGCAGGAACAAGGUAGAGAGGAGGGGUGCUGGUCUGAGGUUAGUCUGAUCUACACAGAGACUCUUAAAUUAACAACAAACCUUAUUUAAUCC